UGGCAAGCAUCAGAUCAUGAGUUCAAUUCCCAGGAGAGACAUACAAAAAACAAAACUGCAUGUGAAGUAACUAUCUAGUGUGGUAGUGCAUGCCUGUAAUCCCAACACUCGGGAAGCUGAGGCAGGAGGAUCGUGCCAGAGUUUGAGAGUAGCCUGGAGACCCUGUCUCAAAAAACCAGAAAAACAAGGAAACAAGUGAAGUGCCUGUGUGCAUGCCAUGGAAGAGGCCAGGUGGUGGGCAGGGCUGGUGGCAAUGCCGGUCACAGCGCUGUGCACUGAGGCACAUGGGCCCUGUGGAUCACUGAGGCACAGGGCAGGAAGGCAGGCAAGGGGUACAGACUUGGUACAGUGCAUGGUGGGGUCAGGAGGGGGUGACACCCACAUCUCUGACAGAUGUGGCAGCUGUUAGGGUAAGAGGAUCCCAGGAUGGGCAGGAUGACCCCAUGGGAGGAGGAAGGGGAGAGGCAGAGGUCUCAUCCUCUUCUUAAGAGAGCUGAGGUGAAGAGAGAGGACCCGGGAGGGGAGGGGCAGCAAGGUCGUGUCCCCUGACUUGUGUCCCCUAUGUUGGGGCUGGAGGCUGGCAGAGGAGGAGCUGGUAGAGGCUGGGCUUGUGCAGAUGGGUGUCAUGGCGCCAAGCAGACAGUCUGUUCUUCAGAGUAUGUUAGCUCUCUGAACCUUACUACAGGUCUGUCCCCUGCCUAAUCCUUGAUGGUGACGCCAAGCUGGGUGUGGUGUGCACAAGUAUAAUCUCAGCACUUGGAGGCUGAGGGGAGGAUUGCUUUGGGUUAGAAGCCAGCCCAGACUACCUAGAGACAGCUGUUCUCAAAACAAAACACAAAAGAAAAGUUGACACCAAUCCUGGAAUUGUUCCCACUUCACAGAUGACAAAACUGAGGUUCCAAUGAGUGACAGUAGCUCCAUCAGCCUCAGGCUGGGCCGUGGCAAGGCCCGGCGCUGUAUCAGGCCGUGAUGCACGCAGGCCACCACUGCGGGCCACCGUCCCCGAGCCCUCAGAGCGAACUGAAGGGAGGCCCAGGAACAGCACUUGCGACCCCAGGUCAGCACAGGAUGAACCCCGGAGGCUCUGCAGCGGGAAAGGAAAGGGGUCGGGCUGCACCACGGUCCAGCCCGGCCGUCUCCUGCGGCUUCGGCCCUGUACUGCAUCCGUGGGCACACGAGUGUGCAAAGCCACGCACCGACGAUGCCACGCGCGGGGAAAUGCGAGCCGGAAGUCGCAGGGUCGGGUCCGCAGCGGCCCCAGGGCAGAGCGAACAAAGGACGCAGCGGGCGGGGCGGAGCGGCCGGACAGUGAUUGGUGGCGGGCCGGUGAUUGGCGGCCGCUGGGGGCCCGUGCCGAACCGUCAUUGGCCGCGGCCUAGGGCCCUCGCGUUCGCCCCGCCCCUCACUACCGAGCCCGAGCCCCCGCCAUGCACACGACGCAACGUUUGCGCCGCGGCGGCGCGGCCUGGACCCGCAUGCACAUCCGGCCCCUUGUCCCGAGAGCCCCUCGCCGCUCAUCUCAGCCCGGUCACGAAGCUCCCCCGGCAGGCUGUCCGAUCGGGGGGUCCUGGGCUCAGACAUCGGGCGUCGGUAGACCGGGGCGGAGCAGGGUACGGGACGGGCACAAGAGGGCCACCGCUGAUUGUCCCUGCCAUCUGGCUGAGCCAGCCCGCCGUGAAAACUAGGCCUUGUGUCCCUUCUCUGCCAGAGUUUCUGAAGCCUUUGCGGCCCUGGACUCCGCCGGGCCACGCUGGAACCUCUCCUUGCUGACGGCACCUCGGUUUCCCCAGUCUGUCAGGUGGCAGACAGGCUUGGCCCGGGGGGUGUUACGCGGCCCAGAGCCAUCCCCGCACCAUGUGACCCUGCCGGCCACCCUGGAGGGCGCAGUUGUGGGUGUUCAGCCCCUGCAGAACGCGGAGCCCGGGAAUCACUCUGGUCGCCUCGUCACACUACCGCCAACUGCCCAGUGAUCCCUGCAAAGCCGGCCACAUCACGGGACGCGGUGGACACCCAGGUGUCUCUAAAUGUUCGCGACCUGGUACCCCGGCCAGGACCCCCAUGCACUCUGCAGUAUGGCCGAGCGGCCCUGGACCGGUGUCCUCUUCUCUGCCGCCUCCCCCCCCUACACCCUUCCGCAGGCUUCACAAAAUGGGCGCGGGAGGCCGGGAACCGAGAGUGAGGUUCUCAAGGGGGCAGAAGCGUCGCCAGUGCUCACAUGCCCCCUUCUGGUUGUCGUGCGCACUGCGGGCCUGGGCCGCCCAGGGGUUAUCCAGGAGCCAGGGCACCCGAACCAUGAGGGGUGGGGGGGCAAGGUGCGGGGCCAGCGCCCCGCCGAGCUCCUGCCCAGCGUGCGUACCCCGAGCGCGGGCGUGAGCUGGGCUGCGCGUGCAGGAGGCCGAAUGCUGGCCCUUUGGGACAGAUGGCGGCUGGCUCUAUCCUCUGGCCAUGUCUUCGUGGGCGGAGCCCUAUGUGUGCGCGCGCACCCAUGCCGCUUUAGAGUGCUGUCCCCUCUGUGUGUGACGGUCACCAGGGCCCUGAGGACCUGGGCCAGGGAAGGCUGUGGUCUGUCACUACCCCACUCUCGUUGAUAGCUGGGACUCUGCACACCCUCUCGGUGGCCGCAGGUGAGAGAGUGAGUUUCUCCUGUCGCUGUAGGAGUAUUCACAGCGCUGGUGUGACCUGCCUGUCGUCAUUGCACCUGCCCUGGCAAGACACCCGCUACCCUGUCCGCGCCCUAGGUAAGGAGGAGUCACAGGCCCUCCUUGGCAAACACCUCCCUGGUCACCAAGUCCUUGUCACCCUGAUUGUCGACCUGGGCUGGUUAAGUGGACAGGCAGGAGAGCAAAUCUCCCUCGCAUGGAAUUCAGGCAAAGGCUCACUCCCCAGAGCCCUUUCCUGGUCUGCCCCUUGGGCAGGUCUUGCCUCCCAGGCUGAGAAGGAAAGGCAGGCGUGCCCAGAAGGCGCAUGCUCGGUGAUGGUUGUGGUGUUCGCUCCCAGCUCGGUCUCUGUGUGGUUCUUCUGGACCAUGUAUACACCUGUAAUACAGGACACCCUGCAGUA